UGCCAUCUUUCUUCAUAGCCAUUUCAAUUGAUUCUCUUUCAGUUUCUUAUCCAAUUCCCAGUUCUAUCCCAAGUCGCCAACAAAAAAAAUUAAUUCAACAUCCAGCACCCAAAAUCUAAGGCAACAAAAUGACUGGUGGCAAAUCUGGCGGUAAAGCAAGCGGCUCCAAGAGCUCUCAAUCGCGUUCAUCAAAAGCGGGUCUCGCGUUUCCAGUCGGCCGUGUUCAUCGUCUUCUUCGAAAAGGCAAUUAUGCUCAACGUGUCGGUGCUGGCGCGCCCGUUUAUUUAGCCGCUGUAUUGGAGUAUCUUGCUGCAGAGAUUCUCGAAUUAGCUGGAAAUGCGGCCAGAGAUAACAAGAAAACGCGUAUUAUCCCGCGCCACCUGCAACUUGCUAUCCGCAAUGAUGAAGAGUUGAACAAGCUCUUGGGUCAUGUUACAAUUGCUCAAGGAGGCGUUAUGCCGUAUAUCCAUCAAAACCUUCUCCCCAAGAAAACGCCAAAGACCGGUAAAAAUCCAAGCCAAGAACUUUAAGUGGUUUUGUUUUGUUUUGUGAUUUUUCAUCUGGCGUCGACAUGCGGUAUCAAUUCGGGCGAGGCUAUGGGGUUACGGUUGGUUGAUAUGGUGUUUUCGUUUUAAUGGUUAUGUGUACAUUAUGUCUAAGAUGGACUUGUCAAUGAUGCCGCGAUCAUCUCCGUCUUUGCUCAGUUGCGAAGGAAUCGGAAAUUCUACAAUGGAUGACUUUUUGUUCUCAC